CAAUGUCGGGGUUAACUAUACAAUUUGAAGGUAAGUUUAAAAAAUCAAUCAUAAGGAAGUUAACAAAUGAAAUAUCCGAAUAAUAGAUACUUGAAAAUUAAUUAUUAGCAUUUUUGUUCAGGGCAUUUAGAUUAUAUGUUUACAAAAAUGUAUUAAUUGUAAAUCAUUUUCUUAAAAAACCUGUCUCAGACUAACACACAAUGGAAAAUUGCGAAAAUAACCAAGGGAAUAGUGAAAGGCUAGAUAAGGAUUUCUCAUCAGAUGCUAAACAUUUAGACGACACUAAAACGGAACAAACCAAAGAAGAAAGUGAAUCUUCUGUGAACAAGGAAGCAAAAUGUGAUAAAAUAUAUACUUCUGUUGGAAAGAUAGACAUGAAUGUCACGUGUCGUAGAAAAAUAACCAUACUGGCACAUCAACUGAAACGAUUAUCACACGAAGGCAGCAUGGACAAAUUCAAUGCAAUUGUCACCCGAAUUAAUGAUAGAUAUAAGGCGAAAAAACCCAAACUUGGCAUGUGUGUUCCGAGCUACAUGGGGGUUAAUGAUAUAAGGUUUACAGUUCUUGAUGCACAGAUAGAAGCUAGAAGACUGAAGUAUGAUACAAAUUUGACUGACAGUGACAUGUUCGGUGAAAUGGAAAAAAUUAUCAAAUUCACGUCAAAUCCAACCAGUAGCAGCAUGACAUAUCUUGCAAGGCGUGGAUCUGCACUAUCUAUGAAAACGACUCUCGACAAUGGCUUAGCUUACUUGCAAUUCGCAAAACAACACAGCAUACAAAUAUCCCCUUGUAAGGACACAGGUAUGGUAUUUUACAUCAACGCCAAUCUGCUGUCUCAGAAAUUUGAACUAAAUCCCUCUGCAGAAAUGAAAAAGGAACUUCUGGAAACCAUUGAACACGCUAUGGCACAUUUCGAAAAAGAAAUAGAUGAUGUAAGAAGUGACUAUUCUAGAAUGCUUAUGCUCAAAAAGGCGUAUUGUUAUCUAGGCUUGAAUCUGUUUGGAAAAAAGAUCCAAGAAAUUUCUGUUUCUGAGGACGACAGAAAAUCUGCAAAGAACUGUUUGGAUUUCAUUGAAAAGCCAGAUAUUUGGAAAAGAAUGGAAAGUAGACGAAAAAUGUUAUAUCACAUUGCAAAAGCAGAAUACUAUAGACAAGGACAAUUAUUUGAAUCGUCUUUAAUGCAUGGAAAGAUAGCUUUUAUGUUUGCUCAGGAAAACAGUUGGACGGCAGAACUUCCAAACAUUAUUGAUUUGAUAAAUGAUGUUGAAUCUGCUUCCCCAAAAGCUGCCGGUGAUGACGACACAGAUGACGAAUUAAUAGAACAAUUGCUCAGCACGGGAAUUUAGUUCUAGAAAUGCGCAUACAACAAACCUGGAAAGUCCAAACCUGAAAUCCACUGAUUAGCACACGCAUCAUAACCCGUUACAAUAAAAAGUAUUCAUGGUGAAAACUUUUCAUACAUACUUUUCAUGGAAUGUUAUUGGUGUAAACAUGUGUUGUUUUUUUCAGAAGGGUUGAUAGAAACGUGUUUAGAUUUGGAACAUAAAUGCACAUAUAUACAGUAUUCUUCCAUGAACACGUGAUUUGUUGACCUAUUAUCAAUUAACUUACUACUAGUAUAUUAUUCGGAACAGAACAUGCUUGUAGUUCUUAUUUGUUUUUAAAGUGAUUAACUCACUCUUUUUGCGAAGAUUUUCUCCACGCGUGCAAUCAAGCAUUUCGUAAAAAAAUUUUUCAUUCAAUUUCCUUUACAUAUAACAUAACAAGUGAAACAAAUAUGAGUAUUAUUAGCGGAAUUGCAUUUCAACUUAUGGAUCAAUUUACAAGUUUCAAAUGCAAAUGUCACAUAUGUUGAUGUAUUGCUUACAUAAUCUUAUUACAUCAUGCUCAUCGUUGUUAUAUUUUUUUCUAUUUUAUAAAAACAUGAAUA